AUGCCGCCCCGGUUGCCCGCCGUCCACGUCCGCGUCCCUGUCGGCGUCGGCUGUGUCUGCAGCCGCGCCUUCUCGUCGACGCCCGCCGCCCGCGCCCUCGGGCCCCAGUCGCCAAACUACAUCGACGUGCCCAAGCCGCUGCAGCCCACGUUCCCCCUCGCGCCCCGCGUCAAGGGCCACCUGCCCGUCCCGCGCGACGUCUUCAAGACGCGCAACCCGCUGCCCAAGCACUCGCCCGCCUUCCUCGACAAGACGGCCCGCAGCCCCAAGGCCCUGAAGACGCCGGGCCCCCACAGCCGCGAUGCCGACUACCGCCUCUACAAGCAGCGCCUGGCCGACGCCCGCAGACAGGCCCUGCAGGCGGGUGUCGACGAGCUGCACGAGCGCAAGCGGACCACCGACGCCCACUACCUGGCCAAGAUCCAGGCCUCGGGCGCACAUCGCCGCGAGCUCGCCACGGCCCCGCCGCGCCCCGUCGACGUCCUGACGGCCACGUCCCUGUCCAAGGGCGUCCGCGACUUCCUCGCCGACGCCCUGCCCGCCUCGUCGCGCACCGUCAACACCCCCAAGCGCCGCGAGGCCUACCAGCGUCGUGUCGCCCGCGUCCAGAAGGUGCGCACCUCGCGCCUGCACGACCUGUACAUCAACGCCCGCGAGUUCAUCGUCGACGAGCAGCAGCUGGACGACGCCAUCGAGAAGGUCUUUGGUACCGACGACGCCCCCAUCGGCUGGGACGUCAAGGGCAACAUGGGCCCCAGGACAGAGGGCAAGGAGGGCCUGAGUCCGUGGCACGGGCCCAUGCCAGAGGGCGUUGGCGAGAUGCUGCAGAAGCUCAAGGGCGGGGAGGGUGUUGGCCUGGCCAAGGAGAGAGUCAAGCGCGUCGCCGAGGAGCUUACUGGCGGCAAGAUGUAG